GAGCCUCUGCUUCCCGCUCCGGCAGGGGUGCGUGCGCACUUCCCAGCAGCCUUUGCGCGCUGCUGGAGUUCUGCGGACACCAGGACUUCAAGAUGGCGUCGAUCGUGCCAUUGAAGGAGAAGAAGCUCAUGGAAGUCAAACUUGGAGAGCUGCCGAGCUGGAUAAUGAUGCGGGAUUUCACCCCCAGUGGCAUUGCAGGAGCCUUUCGGAGAGGGUAUGACCGGUAUUACAACAAGUACAUCAACGUUCGGAAAGGCAGCAUCUCGGGGAUUAGCAUGGUCCUGGCAGCCUACGUGGUUUUCAGCUACUGCAUUUCUUACAAGGAACUCAAACAUGAACGGCGACGCAAGUACCACUGAAGAGGGGUCGCUGGAGGGCAUUGCAUGGCCGAGCAUAACUGCCUGCCCCACUCUGACCUAGGAAGAAUUCAACUGGCUGAACCUUCAUACCCUGACUGAGAACUAGUGUCCAAUAAAAGGUGGCUGGUUCACAAA